AUGAGGAAUCUCAUGACCAGCUCCAUCCUUGCCACUGACAUGGGACUUCAUUUUGACUACAUGAAGAAGCUCGGGAAUACCCAGGACAAGCUUGCUGAUAGUAACACCACUGACGGCUGGAACGGCCGUAUGGUCGAAGAUCAAACUGCACUGGCUUGUGCUCUGCUCAUCAAAUGUGCAGAUAUCAGCAACGUGGCGAGACGACACGAUGCCGCAUUGCAAUGGAUGCACAUUCUGUCAGACGAAUUUUCUCGGCAGGCUUUAAUGGAGAACCAGCUCGCAAUCAAGUCGUCUCUAGUAGCUCCGCCGAAGAAAGACAAUGUGUCUCUUUUCCGUGCUCAGCUCGGCUUUAUGAACAUGUUCGCCAUCCCUCUUUUCCAAGGCAUUGCCAGCAUAAUGCCCGCUAUGCAAUACUGCGUGGACGAGCUCGAAAUCAACAAGGCUAUUUUUGAGAGGAGCGUCGCCGAAGAGACCGCAAAAGCAGCGGCUGAAGAAGAGCAGUCUCGUAGCCUUGAUGGCACCUUUUCUCCACGCUCAAUGAGCGUAGCCAUUCCGAAUGACGUGUCCGGGACUCAGCCGAAACAUCAGCAACAGCAGGCAUCUUGCACCUCCACAAGUGGUGCUGUAAUUGAUACGGAAACGCGCUUGGAUGAGCACGCGAAUAACGGAAGCGCAAUCUCUCCAAAGCAAAUGCCUUCAUUUGGUGACCUGUACAAGGACCAGAACGGAGGCAGUCCGCGGUACGACGCGGUUGCGGAGUUCGCAGCGAGUGACCCCUUUGGUAUGAGCGAUAGCCGGCCAUUGGCCUCAUCCAAGCAACGAGUGAGCGAGGCAACGGACGGCAGCACAUCUCUACCUGGUGGCGGGGAUUGGGCCUCCCAGGCGACCAGUGCAACGACAGGGAAAAUGCCACUCUCUCCUAGUACGCAAGGCACCAGCAUCAUUAGCCGCGACUCUAUGGAUCGUCCAGCGAGCUUGCCCGCUUCCACUGCCAUCACUUCGACCCCGAACGAUAUCACCAAAUGCCACUCUGAAGCGCUGAUUAGCGCACAGAUUUCCCGCGAGGAUGGCUCGUCUCUAUCGUCUGGUGGAAUCAGCGGUGACAAUGGCACGCGGAAGCCACAUCAAGAAGAGCACUUCCUAAAGAAGAAGUCAAGUCGGUUUAGGAUGAACGCCUUCACGUUCUUCCGCCGCCACCUCAGUCCGGGCCCUCCUCUACCCGCAUCCAAUAACGACCAGUCGCCGGCUCAAGAUGGCUGUCGAUAA